AUGUUCAAUCACAAUGAUAGUAGACAAGAUCAUGAAGCUAUUUACGAACAACAGCCUCAUCAUCAUUUAUCAUGGACACAUGAACUUAUUGCCCGUGCAGCUGGUUUCGCAGCUAUGAAAACCUAUGAAGAUAAUGUUCGUAAUACUGGUGAACAAGUAUCAUAUCCAUUGAUGAAAGAAAUGCUUGCUGAUAUAGCGGCAGCCGAAAUUGAUAAACUUUUUGAAACACAAGCACUUGGCUUUCUUGAUCGAGAACAGGCAAAACGUCGUGCUAUUCAGCAAGCACAUCAAUUUGCUUAUGAAAAAUAUAGACCGGGUGGCAUAUUUAAUGUGCAAGAAGGUCAAUAUGAAGGACACUAUCACCAUCAUCAUCAUCACUGUGAAGAAUAA